UGCGACGAAUUCGAGAGGUGGGGGAGUGGACUAUAUAAGCUCCUUGGGGGGUGUUGUCUCCAGUCACAUCCCCCCUCGCUGUUGAUGCAGCGAACGAGCAAAUCUGUGUCGAAACACAAAUCGAGUGUAAACCCAUUUUUUUUGUUCUGUUAGUGAGGUUGUGUUGGCACGUAAGUUGGGUUCUACAAUUGCAGGGUUGCUUGAGGCAUUUGGCCUCGCAGGCGGAGAUUUCCGAGAUUGAUGGCGAUGGCUGUGACCAAUACUUGGGUAGUGACCAAUACCUUCUCUGGAAUUAACGCUGUGACGACCGCAUUGUCACUCCGUGGCUUGAGCACUAGACAAACGUUUAAGCUGGUGCUGAGAGCGGAGAAAGAAGGGAGGAGGGUUGGGAUUGAAGCAAGCGCGAGUCAGGUGACAGUGCAGAAACUGACACCUGAUGUGGGUCUGAAGCUCAACCCGGCGGAGGAGCUCCUGGAGCAAUUUGCUUUGCAGCCCGCAAUCUCUACCAGCAGGAAAUCUGAGACCGAGGCAGUGAGGAGGUUAUUCAUGUGGGACGCACUCCCCAAGAGAGAGGAAGUGCAGCUAUUCAGUGUGUAUGAAAUCAACGAGCGCGAUCGCAACAGUCCUGCGUUUUUGCCGUUCAGCACCAUCAACAUUUCUAAGCCACAGGAGAAUGGGCUGCUUGGUGGCCUGCAAAACAUGUGGAGCACACUGUCGGGCGACCAUGAACAUGGGCUCGGUGAUUUAGUGCCCUUCUCUAACAAGUUGUACGACAGUUCUUUGCAAGUGAGAUUGGGGGUUACUGCGGGUAUGGCAAUGGUUGUGAAAGCGUUUCCUGGAAAAGGCCAAAAACAUCACACUAAACACAAUUUCUUUUUCCCUGAUUGCUACGAGGCGACGUACACAUUCUACUUGGGAGACAUGGGCCAUGUGUCCGCGCAGGGUCCCUUCUCAACUUUUGAUGACACUCUGUUAACCAUCACGGGCGGAGCAGGACUGUUCCGGGAGGCGAGAGGGGUGAUUCAUCUCCAUAAUAUCACACCUUUCAAGUUGUUUUACACAUUCCAUGUCCGAGGGGUGCCCGAACUACCCAGAAUUCUGACUUCAAAACCUGUCGAACCAAACGAACAUGUGCAACCACGCCGAGAAGCUGUUGCCUGCAAACCUGGUUUUGCACUCCCCAACUACACUGACUAAUUCUUUGGAUACCACUCUAGUUGCUAGAAUCAGGGCAGACUGCACUUAAUACAUUCACUGACAUCACAGUAGACGAUUCGGGCCCUUCCUUUUUCCCCUAAAACAUUCACUUGUGUAAAUUAUUUUGUAUAAAUAAAAUUUAUGUGUUACAUUUCAACCA